AUGUCAUUAGGAAUUUACUUCUUUGGAGCACUUGCCCUUGCAAAUGCCCUCUCUGGGCAAGACAACUCUUACGAUGGCCGUAAUGGUCCAGGUAACGAUACCACCACACGACUAAACCAAGCCUUCGAGACAGCAGUGAGCAAGAAGCGCGUACCAGGCAUCGCAGCCGCCACCUUCAACAGAGACGGUAGCAUCACCUUCAAGCAAUCCUGGGGAACAACAAGCAUCGAAGACCCAUCCUCGACGCCCAAAACCCAUCUACAAGAAUCUCCGUUCGGAUUCGACGCAGGCGAUAGCUACGCGUACGGCUACAACAUCGACUGGCUCGGUUGGGUCGCCGAAGCCAUCACCGGCGUCCUACUAGCCAGCUACUGCGAAGAACACAUCCUCAAACCGCUAGGCAUGCAAAACACGGAUAUCUACCCGCCCGACCUCGCCGAUCGCCAGCAUCUUGCGAACGGGACUAUCACUGCAAAGCCGUGCUCAGCUUCUCCGACCAAACCAGGGGACUUUGUCGAUGCAGGCGGGGGCUACCUCACCUCCACGCUUGACGACUACUCCACGUUAACGAAGGCUCGGAUCCGGGUACCGGGAUAUUGA